AUGGCAGAAAAACUCAGACAAAUAGCGCAAAGGCUGAAAGACAAAGUGCAUUUACCUCAUAUAGCAAAUGGCCGUGAAACUCUUUUUGCGAAAUAUACCCCAGCAACCAAAGUUUCAGACAUAGCAGAUAAGUUGAAAUACGACACAGUAUCGAAGAAUUUGCGCGAAAUAGUAUCUAGAUAUGAAAAAUUCACGGGUGUCGAAGAAAUUAUGGCUAUUCAAAAAACUGUUGUGGAUGCACAGGAUAAAUUUAUGGCAGCUCAGGACAGAAGGCGGGAACUUGGUCGGCAGGUUGCCGGUGUGGAGAUGAGGCUGAAGGAGCUGCAUUCAGAGAUGCAGAAUACUAUGAAAGGCGAUGACAAGUACUUACACCUCUGUACUGAGGAACAUAAGCUUAUAGUACAAGAGCGCGCUCUCCGCGCAUUAUUCGGCGACGCUGAACGGGAGGAGAGGGAACUAUUCGCCACCAUGUCGGCUGCAGUCAAGCUGGGGCACGAGCGGGAGAGGGCUCACGCUGAGCGCAACAAAUACUGGUAUAUUGUCGCUUCUAUAUUGGGCACAGUCCUAGGUAUAGCCGGUUCCUCAAUAAAUAAUCAUCUGAAGAUGUCGGAAUUCCGUCAGAUGAUGGAGCAGCAGAUGGCCCGGUCUGCCAGUGUACUCUACACCAUCGCCGGCGGUGGCAGCUCUACUAGGGCUGAUAUUACCGAGGCCAUGAAGACUGAAUUUGCUUACCAGGACAAUCUGGCGAACAACUUGAAAAUAAUGCAGGAACAUAUAAACGGUCUAGUCGCUACACAGGAAUCCUUGAUACAGCACCUACACCAUCGUGAAAAAACCGUAGAUAAUCAACUACGAGACCUUACCCGUGCAAUUGUAGCCGCUUCGCAAUCCAGUCAGAAAUCUGAUGCUGAGAUCACCAAAGCAUUAUCAGCUGUCCACCACGACCUGGAGGACGCUGACCAGAUCAAGGAAAUGGAUAAAAACAAGGUCCUAUUAGAACCAAAUCAGAUUUUAACCGGCGUUGGUAUUAUUAUGGCUAUGGCUGUUAUUUUGGGUAACAUCAUUGGUAGGGUCAGUUGA